AUGUUCGACUUCUCGCUGCUGCGCCUGGACCUCACCAUCGUCCUCGACAGCCGAGUGGCUCCCGGCUGGGCCAACACCCUCCUCGAAGUCGUGCUGCCCGUCUGGACGCAGCGGCGCUGUGCGCAGGUCUGGAGAAGACUUCUGUGUAAAAGUACGAUCUGCGCCGGUGGGCUUCCCUCCGGCGGCAAGGACGUCUGCAAAAGCGACAGCGGCGGCCCACUGGUGACGUCCGUCUCCGGCCGCUACACGCUCAUUGACACCGCGUCCUUCGUCAACCCGUGCGCCAUCCCCAAGAUUCACGGCAUCGCCGAAAUGAGUAGCACCUCGCUGGACAUUGAGUUCAGGGCUGACAGCCACGUGGAGGGCCGCGGCUACCUCUGCAACAUCACCGUGCCCGCCGCCGACUGCUGUGGCCAGGUCAACCGGCGCAGCAGGGUCGUGGGCGGCACCGAGACGGGCGUCAACGAGUACCCGUGGCAGGCCGGCCUGGCACCUCCCGGUGGCACGCGCACCUUCUGCGGCGGCAGCGUCAUCAACAAUCGGUACGUGCUGACGGCGGCACACUGCACGGAAGAGAAAACUGCCUCCCAGAUCCAGGUGUUGCUCGGCGACCAUCGGAUCGGUGUGCCGGACGGUGAGAGCCGCUACUCGGUCGUCCAGAUCCUGGAUCACCCGCAGUACGUCAAUGUCACCAUUGGGUUCGACUUCUCGCUACUGCGCCUGGACCGCAACAUCGUCUUCGACAGCCGAGUAGCUCCCGUCUGCCUGCCGCAAGCCGGCCAGACGUACGCCGGCGUCUCGGCUGUGGCCACCGGCUUCGGCCGCACUGGCGUCAACAUGCCGCAGGCCAACACCUUGCUCGAAGUGGAGUUGUCUGUCUGGACGCAGGCGAACUGUAAGAGGGUCUGGAACCAACACCUGAAAGACAGCAUGAUCUGUGCCGGCGGAGUGUCCUCCGGCGGCAAGGGCGUCUGCGAAGGCGACAGCGGCGGCCCGUUGGUGACGUCCGUCUCCGACCGCUACGCGCUCAUCGGCAUCGUGUCGUUCGGCUUCCCGUGCGCUAGGCCCAACGUUCCGGACGUGUUCGCACGCGUCACGUCGGUCCUCUCAUGGAUCCAGGAGAACACGGCCGACGCUGCGCUCUGCGGCUAG